CCCUAGGCCAUACGAAUGCUUUCUAGUCUGUCCUUAUUAUCCCAACUUUUAUAUAAGGUGUCCGAAGCUCUUCAACAUAUCCCUUACACCCUUCACUUUCGCUUUUCGCGAUCUCGACCGGAGACUCUCUCUCUCCCCACUUUCCCCUCCCCAAUCCCCACCUUUCUCUCUCCUCUCCUCUCCUCUCUCUCUCUCUCUCCACAGUCUAUCUUUUUUCUUAUUUGUUUGUUAGCUUGUGUGUUUUCUUCUUUAUUUUUGCCAGAACUGGCUACCUCGCAGGCAAGUCUGGAGGAAGAAUCCAGUAUAAGGGUGGUACGCGCCCUGUAUGACGCCUUAGGUGUUCGAGACGUUGAGACGAUCCAGCGACUACUCGCACCGGACAUCGAGUGGUGGUUCCAUGGCCCCCCUUCUCACCAGUAUAUGAUGCGAUUGCUGACCGGGGUCUCAUCCGACGAAUCCUUCGUAUUUGUGCCUCUCUCCUUCGCUGCUUUUGGGUCAACCGUCCUCGUCGAGGGUUGCGAUCAGAAUCGUUCUGUCUCUUGGGUUCACGCCUGGACGGUCGCUGAUGGGAUAAUUACCCAAGUGAGGGAGUACUUCGAUACGUCCCUUACAGUCUCCCGUUUCGGGAAGUCGGGUCCAUCUCCAUCGUCGUCAUCCUCAAUUCGCUGCCCUCAUCUGUGGCAGAGCCAAUUUACCAAGGCUACGGGGAAGUCUGUUCCCGGCCUUGUCCUGGCAAUAUAGACAACCAAGAGGACUAUCUCGUAAUUUCCCUAUUAACAUAAGAAGAAAUAAAGAGGUUCAAGCGGUGCCCUCUGUUCUGAAUUCUGAUGGGUUGAAGUACCGUGAAACCAGCUGUGUGAUUGUGUUUGUGUCGGAAGGAUGUGAGGGAUUAGAGCCUUCUACGUCCUAUCCUCUUCAGUUUCUACUGUUUUUUUGUCUUGUGUCUUUUUGGAGUCUGGUCAGUUCUUAUUUGAGUGGGCUUUCUGUGCUUGCUUUAUAAGCUUGUAUUCAGGUUUACCGUUUACUGUAUGUUCGGAGAAGCCAUGAGGAAUCGACAUAGGUUCCCUUCUCAUGGGUCUGGGUCUGUUACAUGUUGUUCUUGUCAUCAUAGAAUAAAAAGUUGGAUUUGUCUUA